AGAGUGAGUGACAGCCUCACUAUGCUCAAAGAGAAACUGCAGGAUGUGCUCCACCAGGGACUACAGGACAUGACUAAAACUGGUAUGUCUCACAGUUACAGAUAUAAUGUUGCACUGCCCCUCAUGGCCAGGUCAAGAAUGCUCAGCACUAUUGUGCUUCUUUCCAACAGGUGAACAAAUCAGCAUUUUCAGACCUUCAGAGCCUGUAACCAGAGAGGAUUUCCUGAAAUAUUCCCAUCAGCUGACUUUGGACCCCAACACGACUCAUAAUCAUCUGAAGCUGUCUGAGGGAAACAGAGUUGCAGAGAGGGUUAAAAUGAGCCAGUCAUAUCCUGAUCAUCCAGACAGAUUUAAUAGUGUAAUACAGGUGAUGUGUUCAGAGGCUACAUCUACCAGGUGUUACUGGGAGGUUGAGUGGUCUGGAAAUGAAGUGCUAAUAGCUGUUUCAUACAAGGGGCUGAAGAGGAAAGGGAAUGAUAAUGAUGUAAAGCUUGGGUUCAAUAUGAACUGCUGGUCACUGCUUUAUCAAUCAUCUUAUUUCUAUUUCUACCAUAAUGGUAAAUUAAGUAAACUCCCUCGUGCUCAGACGCCCUCUAGAAUAGGAGUGUAUGUGGAUCACAGGGCAGGAACUCUGAGCUUCUACAGUGUCUCUGACAACAGGACUCUGCUGCACAAAGUAGAGACCACAUUCGCUGAGCCGCUAUAUCCUGCCUUUUGGCUCAGUAGUUAUGACUGUAAAAUCAAAUUGUCUCAGUGACAACAGGCAAGCACAAAAACACAUUCAUGUCAAUAUGGCAAUAUAUAUAUAUUAGACAAUUAGACAAUUGUUCAACUAUAACAUGACUAGCCUUGUUGAAAUAUUGUGAGGGCUAAUAGUAAAGUUUUUUGUUUAGUUUGUAGUUAGUUAGUUAGUUUGUUUGUUUUCACAUAAAGACUCUUAAGUGUAUGAUGGUCGGUUCAGUCAUGAGGUUAAGGGUGGCAUGUAGAAUGGCUUUUCAGUAUUUUAUUAGGCCUACUUCCGGAAUGGUGGGUCAGGCCCUCCAGAUUCUAUAGCAAGGUUGUCACCCAUUGCUGCUAUGCUGUCUGUACUGGAGUGAGCUGCUGUCAGUGCGUCACCUUUGUGAUGUUCACUUCAUCCUGGCUGUAGAUGUAAUGUAGUGCUGGUUACUAUGUGGGCAUAUAUGUAAGAUAGUACUGGUUACCAUAUGGGCCAUGUGUAAGAUAGUGCUGGUUACUAUGUGGGCCACAUGUAAUGCAGUACUGGUUACUAUGUGGGCCAUAUGUAAUGUAGUACUGGUUACUAUGUGGGCCAUAUGUAAUGUAGUGCUGGUUACUAUGUGGGCCAUAUGGGUCAUUUCACGUGAAAUCAGACACUUUGGGACCCGACCGACACGGAUUUCAAUCAUUCUUGCUGUGCCUGUUUAGUAGCAAGGUAGCACCCCAGAACUGCAUUUGUGUGAAUCUGACACCAAUAUUAAGGGAGAAACAGACUGGCAAAGGUUUACAUAUGAGGGUAGGACACUAUGCAUUCAGCCUUAAUUAUAUCAGUCAGUGUAAGUCACAAAAAGAUGUCUGAGGUGUUGUUUGAAAGCUCUUUUCUAGCUCUACAAAUUACACA